GUUGUGGUCGGACCUCGGCUCCACAGUAUCACAUAAAGGUAACGUUUUCUCGCAUUAACUGCUUUUAUUUCACUGUUUCCGUUCAUGUGUAUCCCCUGCUUAGAUAGGUAGUCACCUGCCGAUGCCGUCAUUGACGUUGCGUUUCUCCCCCAGGGGGUGCAGCAGGGUCCGGAUGGCCGACGAGGAGGACGAGGCGGGCUACGAUGAGGAGGCGGAGGACGGCGGCGGCGGGCUGGAGGCGGGGGGCCACGGAAAGAGGAAGAGGCUGUUCUCUAAGGAGCUCCGCUGUAUGAUGUACGGCUUCGGGGACGACCAGAACCCCUACACGGAGUCCGUGGACAUCCUGGAGGACCUGGUGAUCGAGUUCGUCACGGAGAUGACCCACAAGGCCAUGUCCAUCGGCCGCCAGGGCCGCGUCCAGGUGGAGGAUAUCGUGUUCCUGAUCCGGAAGGACCCCCGCAAGUUCGCCCGAGUGAAGGACCUGCUGACGAUGAACGAGGAGCUGAAGCGGGCCCGCAAGGCCUUCGACGAGGCCAACUAUGGCUCCUGAGUUCUGGACCUCGGGCAUGCUGUGGUGUUCUGUGGCUGUUUUCGAACAUGACUUUUGGUUUGUCUGAUGCUUUUUGAUUAUUUUAUGUAUUAAAUUGAUGCCACGUUUUACACAUUACUUUAUGAAAGGCUAUUCAUGCUGGUUCCCUUUAGUUGAACAGUUUUGUAACAAUCCGUCAUUACAAUAAAAAAAACAAAAACACUA